UCCUCCCUGCAACUUCCCCAUCUCUCCCUCCCCUCUCUGCCAUCAGGAGAAUAAAUCAGAAAAGGAAGCGGAGAGAGGGAGAGUGUGAGAUCUGUUACUAAAGUAACACUGAUGGCGGCUGAUCAGAUCUGGCUGCCAGAGUAACAAGCACUGGGUCCUUGGCGCUGUAUGUACUCUACAGGCUUCUGUUUGUUAUUUUCCAUUAUUCCUGCUCUGGAUCUGUCCGUUAGAUGGUGAAGAUGGCUGCUUCCUGGUUGCUAAUCUUUAGUCUCACACUUUUCCAGUCCUUGCUGAUAUGCCCUUCAUCUGAGGAAUACUUUCCCUCCGCAUUAACGAUAAAACAAUGGGUAGAGAAAAUGCAAAAUGACCUUGUCACAUUGGCAAGAACAGCAAGUGGUGUGGACCAGCUUGCAGAAAUUUAUUUGAAAAACCGGCAUUUGUAUACCGUUGAGGCCAAUAAUGCACGGCAACUUGUGGAAAGUGCAGCGACCAACAUUGAAAAACUACUGAGGAACCGCUCCAAAGCUCUUGUGCACCUUGCAAAGAAAGCAGAGGAGAUUCAAGAAUCACAUCAGUGGCGUGAUCAGUUUGCGAGUAAUAACAUAGUUUACUACAAUGCAAAGGAUGAUCAGACGGAUCCAGAGAAGAAUGACAGUGACACUGGAAGUCAAAAAAUAAAGCCGGUGUUUCAAGAUGACCCUGUGUUUCAGCGACAUACAUCUUACCAACAUUCUGCUGUUCAUAUUCCUACGGAUAUUUACGAGGGCUCUACAAUAGUACUGAAUGAGUUAAACUGGACUGCAGCACUUGAUGAAGUGUUUAAAAAGAACCGAGAAGAUGAUGAAACUCUUUUGUGGCAAGUAUUUGGAAGCGCAACUGGAUUAGCUAGAUAUUAUCCAGCAUCACCUUGGGUGGAUAAAAGUAGAACUGCAAACAAAAUUGAUCUUUAUGAUGUGCGCAGACGACCAUGGUACAUCCAAGGUGCUGCAUCUCCAAAAGAUAUGCUUAUCCUCGUUGAUGUGAGCGGAAGUGUUAGUGGGCUUACUCUGAAGUUGAUAAGAACCUCUGUGUCCGAGAUGCUGGAAACUCUGUCAGAUGAUGAUUUUGUAAAUGUAGCUGCAUUUAAUAACAAUGCCCAUGAUGUCAGCUGUUUUAACCACCUUGUCCAAGCAAAUGUCCGAAAUAAGAAAGUGCUAAAAGAGGCAGUUAAUAACAUCACAGCCAAGGGGACAACGGACUAUAAAAUUGGCUUCAAAUUUGCAUUUGAUCAAUUACUCAAUCACAAUGUAUCGCGUGCCAACUGUAAUAAGAUCAUCAUGCUGUUCACCGAUGGUGGGGAGGAUAAGGCAAAAGAAACAUUUGAAACCUACAAUAAGGAUAAAACUGUUCGGGUUUUCACCUUUUCUGUUGGGCAACAUAAUUAUGACAAGGGACCUAUUCAGUGGAUGGCUUGUCAAAAUAAAGGAUUCUACUAUGAGAUCCCAUCUAUUGGAGCAAUAAGAAUCAACACACAAGAGUAUUUAGAUGUCCUUGGAAGACCAAUGGUUCUGGCUGGAGAUAGAGCUAAACAAGUUCAGUGGACAAAUGUUUACCUGGAUGCAUUGGAGCUUGGUCUUGUGAUCACUGGAACACUUCCUGUUUUCAAUUUAACAGUAGACCACAAUGGAAAGAAAAACCAGCUAAUCCUUGGAGUUAUGGGAGUUGACGUUUCAUUAGAAGAUAUUAAAAAGCUCACUCCUCGUUUUACACUAUGCCCAAAUGGCUAUUAUUUUGCACUUGAUCCUAAUGGCUACGUACUGCUUCAUCCAAACCUUCAACCAAAGCCUGUAGGUGUAGGUAUUCCCAAGGUAAAUUUAAGAAAAAGAAGACCAGGCACCCAGGACCUAAAAUCUCAGGAACCAGUAACACUGGAUUUUUUGGAUGCAGAACCUGAAAAUGAUCAUAAAGUAGAGAUUCGUACUAAAAUGAUUGACCUCGAAAGUGGAGAGAGCACGUUCCAAACAUUGGUUAAAUCUCAAGAUGAGAGGUACAUUGACAAAGGGAACAGAACAUACACUUGGGGUCCAGUAACUGGUACAGACUACAGUCUAUCGUUAGUACUACCAUCCUAUGGAUUUUAUUAUAUUAAGGCCACAUUUGAAGAAAGCAUGACACAAGCAAAAUCCAAAAGGUUCAAAAUACAGGAUUCUGAAACUUUGAAGCCUGAGCACUUUGAAGAAACUGGAUACACUCUCUUAGCACCAAGGGAAUACUGUACUGACCUAAAAAUGUCCACCAAUAACACAGAGUUCCUCUUAAAUUUUAAUUCAUUCAUAGAUCGGAAAACACCAAAUAGCCCAUCAUGUAAUACGGAUAUGGUGAAUAGGGUUCUAAUGGAUGCAGGAUUUACCUUUGAACUUGCUCAGCUUCACUGGAAAGGACAAUCACCCAAAGGUAUUCUUGCAAGAUUUGUUGCCACAGAUGGUGGGAUAACAAGAGUGUACCCCAGUUCUGCUGGAGAAGACUGGCCUGAAGACCCCGAAACAUAUGAGGAUAGCUUCUAUAAACGUAGUUUGGAUAAUAACAACUAUGUCUUUACAGCACCAUAUUUUAACAAAACUAGAGGCUCCAGGGCUGAUUCUGGUAUUAUGGUGAGCAAGGCUAUUGAAAUAACCAUUGAUGGCAAAUUGCUUAAGCCUGCUGUUGUUGGAAUAAAAAUAGAUGUUAACAGCUGGAUGGAAAAUUUUACAAGGGACACUACCAAAAACCCGUGUAAGGAGGAAAUCUGUGACUGUAAAAAGAAUAGUAAGCAUCUGGAUUGUGUAAUUCUGGAUGAUGGUGGGUUUCUUUUGAUGUCCAAUCAAGAGGAUCAUAUUACACAGAUUGGCAGAUUCUUUGGAGAGAUUGACCCAAGCCUGAUGAGACAGCUUGUUAACAUUUCUGUGUAUGCCUUCAAUAAAUCUUAUGACUACCAGUCUGUGUGUGAUCAAGGGGAUGAUCCAGUUAAAACAGCUGCUACUCGCUCUGUGUUUGUGCCCACCAUAGCAGAUAUAUUAAACCUUGGUUGGUGGGCUUCUGCUGCUGCCUGGUCUAUUAUGCAACAGUUGUUUUGGAGCCUUAGUUUCCCACGGUUCUUGGAAGCUGCUGAAUUUGAUGAUGAUGAUUUUUCCUCUGAUCAAUCCAAACACAGCUGUAUCACAGAGCAAACACAGUACUUUUUUGAAAAUGACAACCACUCCUUUAGUGGCUACCUGGAUUGUCUUAAUUGUUCAAGGAUCUACAGUGUUGAAAAGAUAUUGAACACCAAUUUAGUAUUUAUAAUUAUCGACAGCACGCUCACGUGUGAUGCUUGUGAUAACCAGCCUCUAAUUCAAGCAGAGCAGCGUUCCAAUGGUCCAGAUCCAUGCCUCCUGGCUCAGACCCCAAGGUACAGAAAAGGACCAGAGGUUUGUUUUGAUCAAGAUGUUGGGGAUGAGCCUUUAUGCAUCAUGAGUCGUGCCCCUGCCAUGAUGUCUGCUCCUAUCUUCAUUUUACUGCAAGUAUUCAUAUGGAAGAUGACACAGAUUGCGGUGGAGUUUCUGGAUUAACACCUUCUCUGUGGUCUAUGGUCGGCAUCCAGCUUGUGUUGCUAUGGCUUUUAUCUGGAAUUAGGCAUUGUGCAUUAUGACCCUAAAACCCAAAAUAUAUAUUUCAGAAGACCUGCCAAAAGAUUAGCCCUGAAAAAACAUGAAAUGGGUCACUCUAUUCAGACAAUAGAAGAAUUAAUAUGUCUGAGCAUUAACUUAAAAAUGGGUGAAAAACUCAUACAGAGAACCACAAAAGCUGCAUGUUGGAGUGUUUAACUCUCAAAGACAACUUGUGUGAAUGCUGCAUCAUUUAUGCCAUUGGAACACAAAUCUAGAGUCAAUGUGCUUUAUUGAACAAUCUAUGAUGAUUUUUUUUGCAUCGUCAAUAACUUUGUAAAAGGGCUCCCUUUAAUAUACCUUCUAUUCAUCAUGCUAUCUUUCUUUUUAAAUGUAUGUUGCAAUUCUAGCCCUUUUUAUGUGUUUUCUUCUACAAAUAAUUUUUUUAAAAUUAUUGUACAAUGAUACAAAGAUACUGUUUUCAGUAUAUUAGCGCAAGUGUUUUCAAUUUCUAGUUAAAUACAUUGGCUAGUAUUCUAAAAUAUUCACAGAACUAAAAUGCCUUACAUAUUAAAUGGUUAGUUUUGCCAUUUGGGUUUAGCUAAAACAUACAUACUAGGAGGUAUAUUCUUGUGAUAAGGAAGGAAUUUUCAGAUUCAGGUAUCUCUUUUGAACAGGUGCUUGGGGAUUCAUCUUAGUGAGUCUAGUGUGGGUCCUAUAAUAACAACUAUGCUUUUGUAAAUGUAGUUCUGUAACCUUAUGCCAACCCAAUUCUUAAUGCUCAGAGAGAAACCAAAACAAAAAAAGAAAAAACAAACAUUACAAAACACGUUGGUUAGAACUAAUUACCAAUGGUAUUUAGCAUGCUGCAGCUGCUAUUUUGUCUUUUGUUAGGAUAUCAUUUUUAUAAACAAUAUACUUAAAAUGUAAUAAAUCACAAUAUAUUUAAUAAAUACAUCUCACAGAUUCAUAUUAGAAAAUAAUCCACAUUAAUAAUGCCAAACAAAUUAUUAUUAUUAUUAUUAUAUGGCCAAACAGAAAAUAUACGUAGAAUUGCAGAUUCAUACAGCAUCUAUUAAUGCAACUGUGGGUAGAUUUAUCAAAAAUUGAGUUUGAGAUUCAUGAAAAAAAUGCAAAUUGUAGGUAUUUAUUACAGAAAAAAAAAACAAAAUGCCCCAGAAGAGAAAUCUGCAACUGAAAUCAGGCAGGGUUCUAUAGAAGUCAAUGGGGCAAUUUUAUUUAUCUGAAAACAUUAUGCCUUAUUGAAAAUAAAUGGAAAACUUUGAUUCUUA